GGUAAUAUUACUGUUUGUGUACAAACCAAAGUAAAACCAGGGUCAGGGAAGACUGAGUGAGUGAGUCUGAUUGAAAGACCAAUAUAUUUGACAUUCCUUUUUCUGAAAGAAAUAUGGACGAAGAAGAUGUGGACACCAAACCAGAACUGACGGUUGCGUCUCAGGUGUCUUUUGCCGAACUGUGUGGAUUGUUGGAAAAGAUCUCUAAAACCCAUGGCAAUGAGAAAAAGAAGGCUGUGCUGGGGACAUUUGUGGAGAAAUGGCGUGAAUUUCAUCAGGAGUUGCAUAAAGAUAAUCCAGAUACCACGGACUCAUUUUAUGCAGCUAUGCGACUCUUGGUGCCACAACUUGAAAAGCAAAGAGCAGCUUAUGGAAUAAAAGAGCAUAUGUUGGCUAAACUCUUGAUUGAAGUCCUGUGUCUGGGAAAGGACAGUGCAGAUUCUAACAGACUACUGAACUUCAAAGCACCCAAAGCUGCCAAAGGGGAUGCUGGAGACUUUGCAGCUGUGGCUUACUUUGUGCUAAAAAAUCGCUGCCCUGAAAAAGGGACACUGACGAUACAGGAAGUCAACAACUGCUUAGAUGGCAUUGCCACAAAUAAUGCAGCGAAGAAAAAAGACCUUGUCCGUAAGAACAUCCUAAAGCUUCUGACCAAUAUGUCUGCUAUUGAACUGAAGUGGCUGAUCCGGAUGAUAGUGAAGGAACUAAAAGUUGGACUGAGUCAGACGUCUGUGUUCAGUGUGUAUCACCCUGAUGCUGAGGAAUUCUACAAUGUCAACAACAAUCUGGAAAAGGUUUGUCGAAUGUUGAGGGACAAAAGUGUAAGAGUGCAUGAGAUUGGAAUAGAGAUAUUUUCUCCUUUCACUCCAAUGCUUGGGGAGAGAGCAGCACCAGAUCAGGUUGAAAAACUAAUGGAUGGCAAGCCAUACAUCAUAGAAACCAAAUUUGAUGGAGAGAGAAUUCUUCUACACAAACAGGAGGGAGAAUACAAAUAUUUCUCCAGGAGCGGUAAUGAAUACACAAGCACCUUUGGGUCCAAUCGGUACGACGGAAACAUGACACCAUUCAUCCAUGAAUGCUUUCAAUCAUCUGUGAAAUCCUGCAUAUUGGAUGGAGAAAUGAUAGGAUAUGAUGCAGCAACAAAAACAUUUGCCACUAAGGCCAUGAACACAGAUAUAAAGCACCAGAGAGAGGAGGGAUAUCAGCCGUGUUAUUAUGCUUUUGACCUCAUUAUGCUCAAUGGGCGUGUCCUCACAAACCAUCCACUGAAGGAACGCUUGGAGUUACUGAAGACUGUGUUCAAAGAGGAAGAGGGGAGGCUCUUUCUGAGUAAACACACAGAGGCCAACACAAAUCAAGACUGUGCAGAGGCUCUGAACGAGGCCAUUGAUGGCAGGGAGGAGGGGAUCAUGGUCAAAAAACCAGACUCUGUGUAUCGACCCAACACCAGGAAGGGGGGCUGGUUCAAAAUCAAACCGGAGUAUGUGGGAGGACUGAUGGAUGAACUAGACGUCCUGGUCGUGGGGGGUUUCUUUGGGGUGGGGCACCGAAGUGGGAUGAUGUCCCACUUUCUUUGUGCAUUGGCAGUUCCGAAGGAAGAUGGGAGCCAUCCAACUGUCUUCCAUUCUUUCUGCAAGGUUGGAUCAGGGUAUUCUAAAAAAGAACUUGCAGAGUUUAACAAGAAACUUGCUGAGCACUGGAAGGUCUUUAACAAGAAAAGUCCACCCUCUUCUAUUAUACUGGCUUCCGGAUUUAAAGAGAAACCAGACGCAUACAUUGAACCAAAAAACUCAUGUAUAGUUCAGAUCAAGGCAGCAGAAGUCAUAGACAGUGAGAGAUUUAAAACAGGCUUCACUCUGAGAUUUCCCCGUGUGGAGAAAUUCCGUGAUGACAAGGCGUGGUACGAGUGUAUGACAGUACCCGAGGUCCAAGAAAUGAAGGAUAGAGCUGGGGGUAAACUUGCUGGAGGCAAAGUGGAGCUGAGGGAGGAAGAGGAACCAACCAAGAAAAAACGGAAAGUUGUGACCCAUGUCAUCCGACCCACUCUGGGUGCUCAGUUCCAGGCAGCAGAUUUGUCUGACGUUACUCAGACAUCCAAGAUCUUUGAAGGAAAAGAGUUCUGUGUGAUCAAUGGUCCCUCUUCUUUAAGUAAAGCAGCAAUUGAGAAAAAAGUGGCAGAGUAUGGAGGUUCUGUUGUUCAAAACCCAGGAUCUACCACAUUUUGUGUGCUGGCUGACAAGGUUGUCAUGAGGGUUACAAACCUGAUGAAGCGUGACCUGUAUGAUAUUGUAAAGGUUGACUGGUUCAAGAGAUGCUUGGAUGCACAGACAUUUAUUCCAUGGGCACCUGCUGAUAUGAUCCACACCUCAGCAAAGACACAGAUGGCUCUGAAGAAGGAUUAUGACGAGUUUGGAGAUAGUUAUAUGCAGGAUACUACUCCAGAUCAACUCAAGUACACCUUUCAACACAUGGAUAAUAGUGAAAUAUCCAUUUCAACAGAUGAAAUGGCUGAAUUGGAAGAGAAAUAUUUCCCUGAUGAUUCUCCAUAUGGAUUGUUCAGAACAUGCAGAUUUUACUUGGACAACAAGCUUGUAAUAGGUGAUCCCUCAACACAAAUCAAAGACUCGUCUUUGGAAUUCCUGGCCUUGGAGCUGAGGUUUUUUGGCGGAACAGUCUCCGACUCUCUGGACAAAAAAGUCUCCCAUGUUAUGGUUGACAAAAGAGAUUUGAGCAGAGUACAAGAGUUAAAACAAGAGAGAAGAAAAAGAAGUAGGAAGUUCCACAUUGUGAGUGAGGAUUGGCUGCGACAGUGUUUAGAGGAGGGCAGUCUGUGCUCAGAGAGACAGUUUGAACCGUCCUGAACCCUUCAAACGCUAACAUAGCAAUCAAUAGAAGAUACUCUUGAAAAGGAUGUUUUAAAUAUUUAGUGAUAUGAGAUAUGAUAGAUACCGAGUAUUCUAAACGAGAAUACAGUCUGUAGUGCCACACAUCAUUAAUAGUGCCAAGAUCAUUGUCAAUAAUUGAUAAUAAUUGAUAAUUGACUAUGACAACAUCAGUUUGAUAAAUUUUAGAGAGAUUUGCAAUAUAUCAUGUUCGUUUUACUACCUGUGAUUAGAUUAGAUGUUUAAAUUGUUUAGAAAGUAAAUAAAAUUAAUGUAC